AUGACCUCGCUGGACGCCGAACGAGCUCAACAGCCAUUCCAAUGCCCUGUAUGCGCGAAGAGGUUUACAAGACACGAGAACCUGAAGCGCCAUUCGAGCGUGCAUUCCCGCGUGCCGGGGACUCUUCCCUGUCCCCACUGCCCCACGACCUUCGCCAGAGACGACCUGCGCAAGCGACACAUACGGCGCAAGCACCCGCCGCCGCCAUCAAACAAUGCUGUGGUGGUUGCACAACCUUGCGAAUCGCCAGUGUCGGAAAUCACAAGCGUGGGCGAGUCAUCAGGACGGGUUGGGACGGAGGAGGUACCCAUCUAUGACGACACGGUCGACGGUCUGGCAUCCCAAGACACUCUCCUCUAUGGCAACACGGUCGACGGCCUGACACCUGACGAACUCGAACACGUUCUCGAGCUCUACUUUGACAAUGUCUCGCCGUUUGUACAGUUUAUCCACCGUUCAACAUUUGACCGACAAACGGCAUUCAGGCCGCUCGUUCUGGGAAUGGCUUGCCUUGGGGUUCAAUACGCACCUGUCGACAAACCUAGCGGACUAUGGUUCAAAGAAGCGUGCUCGUUGCUGAACGGCCACGAUAUCCAGCCUGGAUCGCCGCUCUGGCUGCCCAAAAUCCAGGCGCUAGUGCUGCUCGAGUUGUACGCGAUCAUGUACGCGUGCGGCAAUGAAACGAUCGACGGGUUGCGCAUGCACAGCAAAUCUGUAGAGAUGGCUCGACAGGCGGGUCUUUUCAACCCUCUGCCAGCCCGAUCAGCCGUCACCUCUGAUCUCGACGCACUCUGGCGCGACUAUGUGCGAAUCGAGAGUCACAAGCGCACUUGCUACGCCAUCUACCAGGUGGACUCGAUGCUCUAUCACUUGCUGUCCCUGCCUCGCCUGCUUUCACAUUUGGAGAUUGGCCACGGCCUUCCUGGGCCAUCCCAGUUGUGGUCCGAGCCGACUGCUGCUGCCAUCCGCCAGUGUCUGUCUGCGUCACCCGAGUGCGACUUGACCAACGUCGGCGCCCAUUCUCUGUUUCUCAUCCUCGCUUUUGUUCUUUCAAGUGUCCGCGAGAAUUCCGGUUGGUCGUCGAUUACUGGUAACCCUUCGUUUGAGCGAGGAGCGGCCUUGCAGUCGUCCGGACGCAUCAUCGAGUCGGCCUUGCAUUUCAUUGAUGAGCACGACGUGACUGCUGUCCAGGCAGAGGUUCUUUUCCGUGUCGCCAUGAUCGAUCUCCUGAUGUGGGCCCCGAGCCAUACCAGCGGCAUCGUCGAGACAAGCUUGAACACUGCCAUUGCGGCUGCUGCAUACUUGGGCACUCGGCCAUUCAGCGUCCCUGCCGACCUCAUGGAGCCGCUCGAGUCACACAUCAACUGGUUCCUCGCAUACUUGGAGCAGGACGUCGACUACCAGCGCGAACCGCCUUGGGUGACAAUGUACGCGUUCCGGGCGGUACUGGUUGGAUUGGAACUGAUCCGCGGUGGAAGUCUGGCACCACGGGAAGACCUGGGAUUCAUUGAUUUCGAGAGCAUGCUCGUGUGGGCCAGAGGCGCGUUUGGCAAGAGGAGUCGGUGGGAGGUGGGGCGGUUGAUUGUGCAGAACCUCGACCAGUUGUAG